GCCUGCAGGCUGCAGCCACCUUAUCGGCUUCCUCCCGUUCUAUCCGGGGCACAAGGUUUGGGCGAGAAACAACACAGCACAGCUCCUCGUCGGGAGAGCAGAAAUGGCGACCCUCUCCAUGGUCUCCGUCCCCAUCGCCACCUCCUCUCUCCCCCUCGCCACGCGAAGCCGCAGCUCCUCCCUCUCCUUUCCCGCUUCCAAGAAGGGAGGUAUUGGCCACGGUGGCCUGCGGAUCGAGUGCAUCCGUAUUGGUGGUGUUGAGAUACCCAACCACAAGAGGGUGGAGUACUCUCUGCAGUACAUCCACGGCAUUGGAAGGGCGCGCUCCCGUCAGAUCCUUUUGGACCUCAGUUUCGACAACAAGGUCACCAAGGACCUCUCCGAGGAGGAGGUCAUCACCCUCCGUAAGGAGGUCACCAAGUACAUGAUUGAGGGAGACCUUAAACGUUUCAACCGUGUGGCGAUCGAGAGGAUGAAGGAGAUCAGGUGCUACAAGGGCAUCCGGCACAAGCUCGGGCUCCCGGUCCGUGGCCAGAGGACAAAGAACAACUGCAGGACGCUCAAGGGGAAGAGGGCUUCCGUUGCCAAGAAGAAGUCGUCUUCCUCGUCCGAGGAAUAACAAGUCCACAUUGCUAUGUAUUUUACCUCCUGUUUCGGUUUUCCUGUACUGCAUUACAGCACUACCGUUCGGUACUAGUACCCUUUUUCAAGUUCUUCGUGCUGUCAUACAUUGAACUGUGGAGUGUGGAGACAUGUUCAGCUGCUGCAAAUCUAUAUAUAGCCAUGGAAUCUCUUCUCUUGAA